CCUGCCGUGUCAUCAAGUCACGAAACUUAAGGCCAUACCGCAAAGAGUCGACAUCACAUCAACGAAACGUUUUACCAUAACACCAGGAGUCAUCGCUUCAACGAAACUUUAUGCCGUUCAGCCAGGCGUCAUCGCUUCACCGAAACUUUAUGCCGUACAGCCAAGAGACAUCGGUUCAACGAAACUUUAUGCCAUACCGCCAGGCGUCAUCGCGUCAACGAAACUUUAUGCCAUACCGCCAAGAGUAAUCUUGUCAACGAACUUUAUGUCAUACCGCCAAGAGUCAUCACGUUCAACGAAACGUCAUACCAAACCGCCAGGCGUCAUCGCAUCAACGAAACUUUAUGCCAUACCGCCAAGAGUCAUCGGGUUCAGCGAAACUUGAUGCCAUACCGCGAAGAGACAUCGAGUUCAACGAAACUUUAUGCCAUACCGCCAGGCAUCAGCGUGUUCAUCGAAAGCUGCCUAGACUCAUCGGGAUCAACGACACUUUAUGCCAAGAGACAUCGCCUUCAGCGGAGUUGCCUCGAUUGUUCAGAUAUUAGUGGUAACUAGGUGCGAUGAAGCUUCUUCUAAUAUUGGUACUUUCAGUACUCCAGUUGGAAGAAACUCUCCUUGUGAAGACGAUAACGAACACCAUUAGUAAUUUACGGCCUCUCAUCGGCGAAACGAUAACUCUGAGUUGUAACACUUCGGGUGGACCCUUCAUCGAUGUUGUGUGGUGGAAGAACAAACACCGUGACCCAAAAACAGUACUAACUUACAACUGUAUAGUUGUUGCAGAGGAUUACACGUCAAGAUUAACGAACCGUACAUGUGACACGAAUAACUUUGAUUUUCAAUUAAGAAAUGUUCAAAUCUCGGACAGCGGGAUUUGGGAGUGUGGGACUCAAUCAUUAUCGUCCACAACAAGACCUGUAUUGGAUGUUUUAGUUCCAGUACCACCACAAAAACCGAGAGUCACAAAUCCAUCACCGAUCAUAGUUGGAAAAACUGCCAAGUUCACCUGCAAUGCCGAAAAUGAAAACGUCACGAAACCAGUCACGUACACGUGGACUAAAAAUGGCGACACUGUGUCACCAGGGACCAUUGAACGUGGUGCCCUGCUUUUCUCGCCCGUCAAGAAGAGUGAUGCCGGGAAAUAUGUCUGUGUCGCGAAAAAUGAUGCUGGAUCUAUGACAAGCACUGAACAAGUUCUCGUUGUGUACCUUCCAGUACUACCACAAAAACCGAGAGUCACAAAUCCAUCACCGAUCAUAGUUGGAAAAACUGCCAAGUUCACCUGCAAUGCCGAAAAUGAAAACGUCACGAAACCAGUCACGUACACGUGGACUAAAAAUGGCGACGCUGUGUCACCAGGGACCAUUGGAACUGGUGCCCUGCUUUUUUCGCCCGUCAAGGAGAGUGAUGCCGGGAAAUAUGUCUGUGUCGCGAAAAAUUAUGCUGGAACUAAGGCAAGCACUGAACAAGUUCUCGUUGUGUACCCUCCACACUCUGCACCCAGUAAGCUCAAAGUAGUGAACACAACUGCCGUAGCAGUAACUCUCGAGUGGAUCUCAGAAUUCAAUGGUGGAUCGAAGCAGAGGUUUUACGUCCAAUACAAGAAGUCUGUCGACAACUGGGAUGUUGCCGCGGACGUUCCUCAAGGAGGAAUAACUGAUCCAGGUCUCAAGAAAGCCGUGUAUCACAAGGUUAUGGGUCUUGAGUCGAAUGUCGGGUAUAUGUUUAGGGUGCGCAGCAAGAAUUCCGACCCGGGAACUCACACGAGCAAAUUCAGCAACAUAACAUCUGGAAAAACGCUCGAGAAGCCCCAGACGUCCCACAUCAGCGUGAGCCGCACAGACAACAAAGUAACCGUGCGCUGGAAACAAGUGACCGGAAAAUAUACUGCGAUAAAGGUCAACUACUGCGAGAUCGACACGGGAGACUGCAUGAAUUACACCGUGCCUAAUCCGGAGGACAACCAUGCAACAUUUUUCCUUGACGCCAACAGGACAUAUUAUUAUCAUUUGAUAAUUGUAGAUGGUGGCGAUGUUGUAUAUACGAGCACGGGCAUCAAGGAUGGAAUCAAUGACGAGAGCUAUUUGAAAGUUGUUGAUGACAAGACAAGCGUAGCUGUUUUAGGCGGUCUGGUUGGAGCAGUCAUUAUAGCAAUAGCAGGCAUGACAGGCGUCAUUGUGGCAGUUGUUCUAUGGAAACGUGGCCUGGUGUGCAUGCGAUGGGGAAAUGGGCAGAGUCAUCGACCUGCAAAUGACACUGCAGAUAACAAUGGUACGAGGGUUGAAUUCACAACCAUGAAUAGUUCUGUACAAAUCUACAACGAUAUUGGAACUGAGCAGCAAAAUGAUGUCGUUCACGCUGCAAGCACGACCGGCCAAAACCCAGCAGAGUCCACGGGGCACCACGCUCCAGCAAAUGAAGACUUUCGGAAUGAGUCCACGUCCUCAGACGAUGACGUGAAUGCAUACGACUACGCGUUUAGCUUGACGACAUGGAAGCCAGGUGUUUCAGUGCAGAGCCCUGUUUCUGUUCGCCAGGCGAACCGAGCGGAGCCGGAGGAUGCGACCCAUUACGAAGUAAUGCAAAGGGAGCUGGAGACCGAGUACACAUACAACCAGUUGCCAAUCCUCAAGCUAGAACAACGAGACCAAAGCACAACCGAAAGCGGUUUAGGGAAGGCCGAUGUCGCCAAAGAAUUGACUCCAAGUCGCUCGAGUGACGAUGUGGCUGACGGUCGAGACUCGCCAUAUGCACAUCUGGAUCGAGUAGAGAGUGUAAAGGCUGGAGAGUAUUUGGACUUUGCACAGCUGAGUCCGGAACAAUUGAGACCGAUGUGAAGUCUCCAAGGGUUCUCUGUGCUUUUGCGUGGCUGUGAUGGCUUUGUCCACAACAGUGACGCCCGCGUAUAACUCGAUAUUGUAUCGUAUUUCCAGCAUGGUAUUUAUACGCACUAUAAUACCGAGUGUGAGUGUUUGUAUUCAGUGGGAAAGGCUUUUUAUAUAUGACUUGCUAGUGGAGACGAGGUAUAAAAAUGAUGUCGUUCAAUAAAACGAGGUGUCAAAAUGAUGUCGUGGUAUAAGUUUCCAUGCAAUCGUCCAUAGCCAGCACUUGUAUGCAGAUUGUGCUUAAUAUGUCAUGAUAUCUAGCAAAUCUGAGCCAGAGUCAGUAAACGGCGCUGGUCUAAUACUAAGCAACCGUUACCAAUUGCGAAGCUUGGAGAUUGGCCAGCCUGUAGUGUCGGGCUGCGGUUAGUGACAUUAAUUUGUUUACAAAGAUAUCUACAUGUAUAUGUAUGUUGCCAAAAGGCAGCACUUCCAAAAUGAAAGCAAAACCUAACUGAUCUCUAUGCGUGAUUCGUCUGUUGUUACAUUGUUCAUUUGGCGACUUGCCGUCCCGCUGAAGCACAUGAUCAUUGCAGCCAUUGUAAUUUUGUAAUUAGUCUAUCUCUUUCGAGUUGGCCUAUUCUAAUGUCUGGCGUUGCAUGCUUUUACACAACAGUUUUGA